CCCGGCAACCAAUCGCCUGUCCCGGCGCGCUGUUGGCGGUGGGUCCAAAGCGAUAAGAGUUCUGAGGAGAGGAUCGGGCUGAAACGCUGCGCUGGGAAGGAUGGAGGCGGCGGAGACCGAGACCGAGGCCGAGGCUGCAGCCGUAGAGGCCCUGGCCAAGCUGGCAAACAUCCUGGAGCCUAUAGGUCUGCAGGAGGAGGCGGAGGUGCCCGGACAGAUCCUGGCUGAGUUUGUGAUGGAUUCCCGAAAGAAGGACAAGCUGCUCUGCAGCCAGCUUCAGGUAGUGGACUUCCUGCAGAACUUCUUGGCUCAGGAGGACAUUGUCCAGGGCCUGGACCCCUUGGCUUCUGAAGACAGGAGCCGACAGAAGGCAAUGGCAGCUAAGGAGCAAUGGAAAGAGCUGAAGGCUACCUACCAAGAACAUGUGGAGGCCAUCUCAAGGACCCUGAUCCAGGCCCUGCCCAAGAUGGAGGAGGCCCAAAGGAAGCAGGCACAGCUCCGGGAGGCCCUUGAGCAGCUCCAGGCCAAGAAGCAAGUAGCCAUGGAGAAACUCAGAACAGCCCAGAAGCAGUGGAAGCUGCAACAGGAGAAACGUCUACAGCACUUAGCAGAAGUUUCUGCAGAGGUGAGGCAGCGUCAGGCAGGAACUCAGCAGGAGCUUGAGCAGCUGUAUCAGGAGCUUGGAACCUUGAAGCAGCAAGCAGGGCAGGAGCGGGACAAGCUGCAGAGGCACCAGACCUUCCUUCAACUGCUAUACACCUUGCAGGGUCAGCUGCAGUCCCCUGAGACAGAGGCAGAGCUACCACAAGACGUGGGUCUUCCUGAGGAUAAGUCCCAGCUGCUGACCCAAUCCCGGGAGCAGACCAGAGGGGAUACCCUGGGAAGAGAUGGAAGUGUGUCCUCCAAGGGUGAGGGCCUAACGCCUACUGGACUUGCAAGCUUGCCAUGACUUCCUGGGGACAGCAACAUGGGAAAGGACCCUAGAUUAGGUAGACUGAGCUUCUGAGUACAGCCUGAUUUCUGACCAAGACCCAGAUGGGGUCAGGCUCUGGAUUCUGUUGAUUAAAAGCCUUGAGCUCUCAG